AUGUACGGUAGAGAUGGCAAGUCUCCCCGACCAGUGGGCCGCGGAGUGGGACACUAUCGUCGCGAAGUAACUCGAACCGCUGUCAUAUACAGAGUAAGUAAAGUUGAUUCUAUAUGGAUACUUCGCAACCUGUGUAGGUGUAUCAGUAUACAUCACACCACUCUGCUCAAAGCAAACCUUACAUUGCCAAGGAUGCCACAAAGUGGAACGAUCAUGGGUUUUCUCCACACCUAUGGCAUUUUUCAAAGCCAUGUGACUCCAGUCUUGAUCUCGGAGCGGUCUGUCCGUGACUUUUGCUAUGCUAGGCUACGUGGUCUCCAUGGAGAUCGCGAUCCAGGAACAGUAGUUGACUUCGCAAGGUAG